UCGAUGGGGUGCGGACGGUUGUAGUGAAUUUGAUUUUCUUCACCGUCAUUUUUAAAUCGGUGUAAUGUAAAUAAACUAUUUAGAAACAAUCUUUUGCUUUACACCUAAGUAGAGAUAGUAGAUGUUUUCUUAGAGUUUAGAUGUAGAAAUAGGUAGGAUGUUUGUUAGAGGUAUAUUGGUUCCUCUGUUCUGCCUUGGAAUAGAAGUGUCUCGUGUGCUGGGCGAAGAAGUGGAGAUUCGGCAGAUCGCGGCUGACAAGGGAACGAAUGUUACAAUACCCUGUGGCACGGAAGAAACCCUUCCAUCAUCCGAAGUUCAGUGGGUCUACCGUGGAAACCGGACACAUCACGAAAUACUUAAAGACGGCAGCCUGCUCCUCACACAGGUGGGACUUGAUGAUGAGGGCCUAUACGAGUGCGCCGUGGAGAACGACACAUCCUACCUGGACAGAAUCAACGUCACCGUACGAACUGAGCCGCCCCCAUUGGUGAACGUGACCGUCCACGCGUCUACGAUCCUCGCCAUCAUCCUGUGGAACGUGGCCGGAGACGGCGGCCACCCCAUCGUGGACUUCACGGCGCAGUACCGCUCCGCGCUGCCAGUCAACGGUUCUCUGGAGCAGUGGAGGCCCAUCAGUCCGAACCAUAUUAGCCCCAACUCGCGUCAGAUAGAUGUGUACCACCUUGAGCCGAACGCGUCGUAUUGGUUCCGCGUGUGGGCCAACAACGUGGUAGGGCCGGGGCCACCGGUCGAGGUCCUCGCCACCACGCUCUACAGCGACCAGGAAGCUGAGCUGUACAAGCACUUCCUGGAGGGCGCGGAGUCGUUCGACACGCGCACGUGGCUGGCCGCCGUCUGCGUGGUCAUGGGCACGUUGGCCGUGCUAGCGGCGGGCACGUGCGCCGUGCUGUGUCGUGAGUGGCGCCGCGCAGGUGAGCCGCACGACCUCGAGUAGCGCGUCACCGACCGCGUCACCGAUCGCCUCACCGACC